AUGACACUGGUAUCGUUGGAUAUUGAACAGUCCGCAUCUCCCGUCGUACUCGCUUUAUUUGCAGCAGCUGUUUAUUGGACAAUCCGACCAUGUGGAUAUUGUAUAGUCCUUUUCUCAAUACUCUUUCUAUCAACUUCCCCUUCUUCUCCACUUACCCCCUCUCCGACAAGCAUAACACCCAAAGUAAAUCUCUCACUCAGUGCUGCCGAUCCUGAUAGAAGAUGGCUAUCAACGAACGGAGGAAGAAUAUUCGAUCCUUUUUUAAUAGCUUAUGUCGAAUGGGAUCGUCUCAUCUCUUCUUCUUCUUCUUUUUCUCCCUCCUCUUCCUCUUCCUUUUCUUCUGAAUCCACAUCAACCCAAUCAUCUGACUCUUCUCCUGAAUCAACAUCAACCCGAUCAUCUGACUCUUCACCUGGAUCAACAUCAACCCAAUCAUCUGACUCUUCUCCAGAAACCAACUCUGAUUUCACCACCAUCCAACAAAUCGAUUUAUCGGUUGAUAUCAACACAAAAAUCACGUCUACUUCUCGAAAAGGACUGGUAGAUUGGAUUUUCUCCCGAAACCAUCAUCUCUCUCGGGGGAAUGAGGAGGAUGAGAUGGUUAGAGAUGGAACAAGAUCAAAAAGGGAGGAAGGAGAUUUAAAUUUGCCAAAAGGUUAUUAUGACUUUUCAUGGAGAGGUAUUGGUUUCGUACUUGAUCUCAACCCUCGUCGAACGGAUCAAGGCUUAGCUUGGGAAUUAUCUCAAGCUAGAAGACGACCUUUCAACCCUGAAACUUCACAAUCUUCCAAAGUGAAUCAAUCACGAAUCGACGAGAACGAAAAUGAUCCAUCUGAAGUGGAUUCCAAACCUAUUCAUCAGGACUCAAGAUGGAAGUCAAUCCCUUUUGUAGGGUCAUGGUAA